CAUUCCAUUACCAUCAUGAGUUGUAUGCGGGUCCUGAUUCUGUCGUUUGCGACAUGCGCAUUUGGGUUGCACGCUGAUGCGUCACCGCAAUGCCCAAACGCGCUGCAUCAAUUUGCAGUCCAAGCUCAACUGCCACUCCAAUUACCACACUGUUCAGACACCACCGGCAAUUCAGAGCUGUUGCCGAAAGAGACACCACUUCAACAUUCGCCGUGGUCGCACGAUCCAGCCUGUGCUCAAAGGAAGCAAAGGAAAUAUUGCACGUACACGACUUCCGAAACACGAGGCGGACAUGCUUUGAGCAUCAUCGCAAGACCUGUAGCUGCAGAUGCGAUAUCUGCGACCUUCCUAGCUCUGGACGGCGAACACCAAAGCUUGGAUGAUGGCCUCGAAGUUCGGACCUUCCCGGGCAAGGGCAAAGGCCUAAUCACCACAAAGGCUUUGAAGAAAGGAGAAACGAUACUACUCGAUACUGCACGUAUCAUUGCGAGCUCGCAUUUUCCUACGCAGGUUACGCGUGUGCAAGGCCAAACACUCUUCAGUUCCGCACUUGAGCGAUUACCUCAGGCCGACCGGAACUCGGUACUCGCAUUAGAUCAAAGUCUGGGUGGCAGCAAAGUUGAAGACAUCAUGAAGACGAAUGCUUUCGCAUGCCAGCUCGCUGAUGGCGAAGUAGACGACGCUUACAUGUGUCUCUUCCCUUCCGUUGCCCGGAUCAAUCACGCGUGCCAACCCAAUGCGCACGCGCGCUUUGUUCCGAAGACUCUGUCAAUGGAGAUCAAAGCUCAACGGGACAUUGCCGCUGGAGAGGAAAUCGGUAUCUCGUAUGGCAAAAUCGACUUGAAGCACGCCGACAGACAAGCACUCUAUCGGGAGGGCUGGAACUUCAGGUGCACAUGCUCUCUCUGCACUGCUUCGCAAUACGAUGUAGCUGGUAGUGACCAGCGCCGUACGAGGUUCGCCCAACUGCGGAAGAUGCUGGAAAACUUGACGGCAGAAACCUACGAUGCCCAACAGAUUGUUGCUUGGGAGAAAGAAGUUAUGGAGAUUAGUCAACGAGAGGGUUUGGAUACUCUGCUCGCCCAAGACUACGAGAGACUGGCGUACGUAUACGCAGGUCAUGGAAUGAUGGGAGAUGCACGACGUUGGGCAAAGAUGGCAAAAGAGAGUUUAUUGGAAUGGGUGGUGGUUGAUGGAGGUCCGCGCAAUCAGAUAAGGAGGAUAGAGGACUUGCUCAGAGAGCUGGAUGGCUAGGUCAAGAUGGUCAUUUCUCGGUUUGAUAGCUGGGGCUGCUGGCUUGGGCUACACAGAUGCCUGAAGACGGACCGGAAAAACUGUAAAGUUCAUGGGAAAUGUAUCAUUGCUUAGAGACUCCGCCAGUGGUCGCUGGUGGGCUUCUGGUGUCCGCGCGCGAUAGUCGUACUAGUAAGCCUGCGGUGGCUGAACGUCUACAGGGCUGAGUGAAGCAUGGUCUUGCGAUCGUGACGUGGACCGUGAAAGAGGACGUGGUCGGGUCGGUCCAUCAUCGUCCAUAGAUCUUCGUUGUGGCCUCCGAAUACUCCGAACACCCCACAUUGCAUCCCUGAUCCGUCGACCGUGCUUGAAUAGACGUUGUUGCUAAGGUCACCAUGCCCGAUCCAACCUCAA